AUGGUUGUUUCCACAAUUCUUUCGGUUGCGUCGCUUCAAGGAAUCAUUAAUACUCUUCAAGCGUUCCCCUUGUUUGUCUAUCUCUUCAGUUUCAUCAAAGAUUUGGUUGUGGCUGUUUUGAAAACGGGACCGAUCCCCCGUCACGUUGCUUUGAUCAUGGACGGGAACAGAACGUAUGCCAAACGCAAUCAGUUAGCCUUGAAGGAUGGGCAUUCAGCGGGAGCAGAGUCGCUACUCCUGGUACUCGAUGUUUGCUAUAGGGUUGGGGUUCUGUAUAUCACCAUUUAUGCCUUUUCAAUUGAGAAUUUCAAUAGAUCUCUGGAGGAAGUAGACACUCUUUUCGGUUUAUUGCGAGAUCGCUUGAAACUACUCUGUGAAAAUGAUGAUUCUUAUGCCAGCGUUAACAAGGUCAGAAUCAAAGUGAUCGGUAACAGAGACAUGAUUCCUCAUGACAUAUUGAAAGAUUUGGAAACAAUCGAAGACAAAACUAAUACUCCAAUGGUAAAUAAAGUCUUGUAUGUUGGGUUUCCGUAUACUUCUCGGGAUGAUAUAACCCAUUCCAUAAGAACAACCGUGGAUCAGCUUAACCUGGGCGAAAUAAGACGCGAUCAAAUAGACUUGGAAAUGUUGCAGAAAAAUAUGUAUAUGGGAGCAGAUGCACCGCAGCUUGACCUUUUGGUUAGAACUAGUGGCCAUACUAGAUUGAGUGAUUUCAUGUUAUGGCAAUGUAAUGCUAAUUGCACCAUUGAAUUUGUAAAAACUUUAUGGCCAGAUUUCAAAUUCUUAUCUAUUGCUUCACUUUUAUUUAAAUGGAGCUAUUAUAAAACAUUGCAAUUACAAGUCGAAUCUGCUGCUGCCGAAGUGCCCCAUAAUACCCACGAACCAACCGACAUAUUCAAUCAGUUACCGCCUCCACCACCUUUUGCAUCAGUCACUCAAAGACAGUUGUAA